AUGGAAAAAAGUGAUUUACUGACACAGGUUUUAAUUAAAGAAGAAAUAGGCAUGGAAAAUGUUAUAAUUAAAGAAGAAAAUGUUAUCAUGGAAUAUCAACCAAUUUAUAAUGAAAAUGAAAAGUUGAAACACCAUAAGUUGAAAGUAGGUGAAAAAUUAAAUGAAAUUAAUUCAAAACCACUAGAAAAGCUUUUUCCAUGUGACUUUUGUGGUAAAACAUUUAAAAAGAAGUGUAAUUUAAAUAUCCAUGAACGAACUCACAAGGAAAAAUCAUAUCCAUGUGAUUUUUGUAAUAAAAAAUUUUCGCGUCAAGAUAACCUUAUGUUACAUAAAAGAAUUCAUACCGGAGAAAAACCAUUUUCAUGUGAAAUUUGUGGUAAAUCAUUUUCUCAGCCUCGACGUUUAAGUCAACAUAAUCGAAUCCACACUGGUGAAAAACCAUUUUCUUGUGAAAUUUGUAAUAAAAAAUUUCGUGAUCAUAGUAAUUUAAUUGAACAUAAACGAACCCAUACCGGAGAUAAACCAUUUUCUUGUGAAAUUUGUAAUAAAAAAUUUCGUUAUCAAAGUAAUUUCAGUGAACAUAAACGAAGACAUACUGGUGAAAAACCAUUUUCAUGUGAUGUGUGUGAUAAAACAUUUUCUCAGUUGCAAGGUUUAGUUCAGCAUAAAAGAAUCCAUACUGGUGAAAAACCAUUUUCUUGUAAUAUUUGUAAUCGAAAAUUUAGUUGGCGUGGUAGUUUUAUUGUACAUAAACGGUCUCAUACUGGUGAAAAACCAUUUUCAUGUGAAGUUUGUGAUAGAAAAUUUACUAAUUCACGUAGUUUAACGAAACAUAAAAGGAUUCACAUCCAAGGCGAUGAAGUAUUUGAAGAAGAAAAUGAUUUAAUUAAAAAAGAAAUACUUGAAAUUGAUGAAAACCCUUUUUUACUUGGGUUAGAAAAUGAAAAAUUUGUGAAAAAUGAAAUUAUUGCAGAAGAAAAUAAAGAAAAAUUAAAUGUGGAGCAAAUAUUGAUUAAAGAGGAAGCAUUAGAAGAAAAGAAUACAAUUACAGAUGAGGAUGAAACCACUAAAUUGGAGGUUAAAACAAUAAGCCAAAAAAUUAAAAAAUUUUCCUGUGCUUUUUGUAAUAAAACAUUCACUCUGCGAAGUAAUUUAAUUGCUCAUCAAUGCACUCAUACCGCUGAAAAACCAUUUCCAUGUGUAAUUUGUGGUAAAUCGUUUUCUCAGUCUCGACUUUUAAUUCGACAUAAUCGAAUCCAUACUGGUGAAAAACCAUUUUCUUGUGAAAUUUGUGAUAAAAAAUUUCGUGAUCAACGUACUUUAAUCGACCAUAAACGAACUCAUACCGGGGAAAAACCGUUUUCUUGUGAAAUUUGUGGUAAAAAAUUUACACAACAAAGUGGAUUAAAACGACAUAAAAGACUGCACACGGGAGAAAAACCAUUUUCAUGUAAUGAUUGUGGUAAAAAAUUUUCCUGUGGAAAUAAUUUAAAAGACCAUAAACGAAUUCAUACUGGUGAAAAACCAUUUUCAUGUGAUGUGUGUGAUAAAACUUUUUCUCAGUUGCAAGGUUUAAUUCAACAUGAAAGGAUCCAUACUGAUGAAAAACCAUUUGCUUGUAAUAUUUGUGAUCGAAAAUUUAGUUGGCGAAGUAGUUUUAUUGUACAUAAACGGUCUCAUAUGGAUGAAAAAUCAUUUUCAUGUGAAACUUGUGAUAGUAAAUUUACAAAUUCAAAUAGUUUAACGAGACAUAAAAGAAUUCACAGCCAAGGUGAUGAAGUAUUUGAAGAAGAAAAUGAUGUAAUUAAAGAAGAAUUACUCGACAUUGAUGAAAACCCUCUUUUACUUGGGCUAGAUAAUGGAUAA